UGAGGCAGCUUCAGUUUCUGAACUGAACCCGGUAGAGGUAAAUUGAUUCCUUCCCUCUGAAAGCUAGCUUCAACGCAGCUACCAAUUCUUAUGUGAGAAUGUAAGGGGAUGGAAACUGGCUUUGAGACACCUCUGGAUGCUCACACGUAGAAAAUCUAACCAUGGAUAAAGAAAACACUGAUGUUUCAUCCAAACCUGCCGAUGUGAAUAUAUCCAAUAUCUCAGUUCAGGUGGUCAGUGCCCAAGGGAAGUUGCCAGGUAGACGAGCACCUCGACCUCAAAAACCCAUCGGCAAAGCCAAACCGAAGAAGCAACCCAAGAAGAAAGCUCCCUUCUGGAAUGUCCAGAACAAAAUCAUUAUCUUCACAGUAUUUCUAUUCAUCCUAGCAGUCACAGCCUGGACGCUUCUGUGGCUCUACAUCAGUAAGACAGAAAGCAAAGAUGCUUUUUACUUUGUUGGGAUGUUUCGCAUUACCAACAUUGAGUUUCUUCCUGAAUAUCGACAGAAGGAGUCCAGGGAAUUUCUGUCCAUGGCACGGACUGUGCAGCAAGUGGUAAACCUGGUUUAUACAACAUCUGCCUUCUCUAAAUUUUACAAGCAGUCUGUUGUUGCAGAUGUGAGCAGCAACAACAAAGGUGGCCUCCUUGUCCACUUUUGGAUUGUGUUUGUCAUGCCACAUGCCAAGGGCCAUAUCUUCUGUGAGGACUGUGUGGCUGCCAUUUUGAAGGAUUCCAUCCAGACAAGUAUCAUAAACCGAACCUCUGUGGGGAGCUUGCAGGGCCUGGCUGUAGAUAUGGACUCUGUGGUACUAAAUGCUGGGCUUCGGUCAGAUUACUCUUCAACCAUAGGAGCUGACAAAGGCUGCUCUCAGUACUUCUAUGCAGAUCAUCUGUCUCUCCGCUACCCUCUGGAGAUUUCUGCAACCUCAGGGAGGCUGAUGUGCCACUUCAAGCUGGUGGCCGUGGUGGGCUACCUGAUUCGUCUCUCGAUAGAGUCCGUCCAGAUUGAAGCUGACAAUUGUGUCACCGACUCCCUGACCAUUUACGACUCCCUCAUGCCACUCCGGAGCACCGUCUUGUAUAGAAUUUGUGAACCCACAAGAACGAUAAUGUCCUUUGUUUCCACAAAUAAUCUCAUGCUGGUGGCAUUUAAGUCUCCCCAGAUACGGAGGCUAUCAGGAAUCCGGGCAUUUUUUGAGGUCAUUCCAGAACAAAAAUGUGAAAACACAGUAUUGGUCAAAGAAAUCACUGGCUUUGAAGGGAAAAUAUCAAGUCCAUAUUACCCAAGCUACUAUCCUCCGAAAUGCAAGUGUACCUGGAAAUUUCAGACUUCCUUAUCAACACUUGGCGUAGCACUGAAAUUCCAUAAUUAUUCAAUAACCAAGAAGAGCGUGAAAGGCUGUGACCAUGGAUGGUGGGAAAUUAAUGAACAAAUGUACUGUGGCUCCUACAUGGAUCACCAGACGAUUUUCCGAGUGCCCAGCUCGCUCGCUCACAUUCAGCUGCACUGCAGUUCAAGGCUUUCCGACAAGCCACUGUUGGUGGAAUACGGCAGUUACAACAUUAGUCAACCCUGUCCUGUUGGAUCUUUUAGAUGCUCCUCUGGUUUGUGUGUCCCUCAGACCCAGCGAUGUGAUGGAGUAAAUGACUGCUUUGAUGAAAGUGAUGAGCUUUUCUGUGUGACUCUUAAACCUGCUUGCAACACCAGCUCCCUCAGGCAGCAUGGCCCUCUGGUCUGUGACGGCUUCAGGGACUGUGAGGAUGGCCGGGAUGAGCAGAACUGCACUCAAAGCAUUCCAUGUAACAACAGAACUUUUAAGUGUGGCAAUGAUAUUUGCUUUAGGAAACAAAACGCACAAUGUGAUGGGACGGUGGACUGCCCAGACGGAAGCGAUGAACAAGGCUGCAGCUGCAGCAGGAGUCUCUCCACCCACCACCGCAUCAUUGGGGGAACCGACACCCAGGAAGGGGGUUGGCCUUGGCAGGUCAGCCUCCACUUUGUGGGAUCUGCCUACUGCGGAGCCUCGGUCAUCUCCAGGGAGUGGCUUCUUUCUGCGGCCCAUUGUUUCCAUGGAAACAGGCUGUCAGACCCCACGCCAUGGACUGCUCACCUUGGGAUGUAUGUGCAGGGGAAUGCCAAGUUUGUCUCCCUGGUGAAGAGAAUCGUGGUCCAUGAGUACUAUAAUAGUCAGACCUUCGACUAUGAUAUUGCUCUACUACAGCUCAGUACGGCCUGGCCUGAGACCCUGAAACAGCUCAUUCAGCCAAUAUGCAUUCCUCCUGCUGGCCAGAAAGUGCGCGGUGGGGAGAAGUGCUGGGUAACUGGCUGGGGCCGAAGGCACGAAGCAGACAAUAAAGGCUCCCCUGUUUUGCAGCAAGCGGAGGUGGAGCUCAUUGACCAAACGCUCUGUGUUUCCACCUAUGGGAUCAUCACUUCGCGGAUGCUCUGUGCGGGCGUCAUGUCAGGCAAGAGAGAUGCCUGCAGGGGAGAUUCGGGUGGACCUUUAUCUUGUCGAAGAAAAAGUGAUGGAAAAUGGAUUUUGACUGGCAUCGUUAGCUGGGGACAUGGAUGUGGAAGACCAGACUUCCCUGGUGUUUACACAAGAGUGUCAAACUUUGUUUCCUGGAUCCGUAAAUAUGUCCCUUCUCUUUCGUAAAAGUACAAGUUGGGGUUUUGACUAUAAUUUCUGUGACAGAUUCUUCUAAAAAGAAUGUACUAAUUAUCAAUAAAAUGAGACCUAA